GGAAUAUUUGCCUACAUGGAAAUGAGCCAACAUAUCACAUACAUUGAAAUGAUAGCCCCAGGGAGCAUCAUUGUCGGAACAGUUGUAUCCUGGAGCCAUUUUGAUCACCUGAUGGUCGUUUAAUCUCCUGAUGCACACUCUUGUUCCCAUUUGCCUUUGAAUGGCAUCAAUGACCACACCACCGGUGAUGAGAUCUUAUGAGACGUCCUGCUGUUGAAGCAUGCUAUGGUGGUGAGAAGAACUGGAAGGAUGAAGGUGCCAGCCUUUCACCCGGUCAUAAGAGCUUCGUUGUUUGUGAGUACCUUCCAAUCGCUUCAGUCUGCACCACCUGGCUGCAGCAACUUUUUGGCACUUGUCACUUGUGUUUUCCGUGGUCGGAAAGCUUCUGGCAUCAAGGUGGGGCACUCAGCCAUCCAUCAAUUAAGUCGUGUUUUGUGUCUCUACGUGUGGUGUGGGCACUGGUUGAAGAACUGAACGAGGUGGAUGAUCGUAUCCAAGAAGGCUACAUUUUGCUUAAGGAGAGCUGUGAUGUCAUUUAUCUUCCUGGGCUGAGUAUGUCUUGGUCGCACUACUGCCACAAAUGUAGAGUCAAAAACGAAGAGUUCAUGCUAAUGUGUUUGGCAACACCAUUGUCCCUAUACUACAACGAAGUUUUUGGCUACAAGGAGCUGCUGGAUGAGCAUGUGAAACAGGAAGGGUUCUUGGAGAAGAUUCGUGCUAACCCACAGCACCCGCUCUUUGAAACAAAAUUCUCUUCGAACCCUUCCCGUGUCGAAAGGAUCGAGGAGAACUUGGGCUUGGCUACUUUUGCAACGUUUGGCCCCUACCCACCACACGCUACGUUCAAAGUGCUCCUGGCAACUUUGUUGCUUCCCUAGUGUGAGGUUCGAGGUGAACUGUGGCUGAAAGCAAGGACCAGCCGUGUCUUCGCGUGCUUCCUAGCGAUUUGCCUCAGACAGGCAUACGGUGCAAUUCUAACGAUUCUAGAGGCCUCAGAGAACCAACAACUUCACUUUAUGCCUUGUGAUGUGCGCACAGCUGGCAAAUUGGAGCCUGGACUUGGAAAUGUGCCCGUUGAAGCUAUCCCAAGAACAAGCCGUCAGACUCAGGGGCUUGAGACCCUCGAGCUGAAGCGAAGUACUUGUUUGCCAUUGUCUUGUUUUUCAACCUAGAUGGGGCUGACAUUGAUGUUGGUGUUUGAGAUUCUGCAAGAACUAUGCCGCCCUGGGGUGGAACUACUUACAUGGUGGCAUUGCAUGGUACCCAGCCAGGCCCAAAGUACAUGCUUCCUGGCUGGCAGUUGCUGAAUGUCUGUACAAAAACGGACAGAGAAACACCACAUUAUGCCAGGAUGUAAACUUCAGGCUUUUAUGGAAUUACUUUGGGAGCAACUGCAGGCCAAAGACAAUUGCCGCUACUUGGGCUUGGUUGUUUGUGUGCCUUUAUAUGUGCACUGUAUGUGAGGGGUUGGACUCAGUGCGCAAGAUUGUGCACGUGCCGUGCGCUUCAUUGAGGUGAGAACCAUUAUGGUGAUGAACCCUUCAUGGGCGAUGUCAAAGCCCUGGCACGGUCUGUGCACAGCGCGCCUGGCACCCUGUGGUUCUUGUUUUCAAGUGCU